UUUUGAUCUAACUGACGUUGGCUCUAUGCGCCGAGCUUAUGCGAUGUUAUGAAACUGCCCUCCGCUGUCACGUGUCCACAGAUAAGGGGACAGAUGCUGACGUCGACAUUUUCAAUGGGAAGACAGUGAAAGGUCCUUGUGUGGAACCGCCAAAAAUUUCCAUCAUGCUGUUGGAGGCUCAGCUACGUCUGUGCCAGAGUUGUUUUUGGUGUUGCAAGAGUGGACUGCGGCUGUUCUCCCAAAGCUAUACGCAAAGAAAAGCUGCGACCUACUACGACCUCCUGGGAGUCAAAUCUGAUGCCACGUUAGAAGAAAUCAAAAAUGCGUUUUUUGACAAAUCCAAAAAGCUACAUCCAGACAGCGACCCGUCAAACCCGGCACUGCACAGCCAGUUUGUGCAGCUGAACGAGGCCUACAGGGUGCUGAGCAAAGAUCUGAGUAGGAAGGAGUACGACUUCAAAAUACGACAGCCGUAUGGUGGUGCUCAAGUCUUCAGAUCUGCCUCCACUGACCCCAGCUACAGAGGCAGCAUGGAUGCCUAUGAGAACAUCCGUUACUGGGAGCAGGUUCAUCACCCUCACACUCCAGAGAUGAUGGCCGAGGAGAAGCAGAAGAGGAGGAAGAGGAACUUCCGCCUGGUGGCGUAUUGUGUCGUCGCUAUGAUGCUCAGCAUAGGAGCCCAUGCCGUCCUCUUCAAGAAACUGGAAGAAGUUCACACUAACUUCAUGGAUGAGAAAGACCGAAUCAUCAUAGAAAUUUACAAUGAAGCCAAAGAGAGGGCGAGGGUCAAUGGUUUUAAGAAGCAAACGGAAAUCCUGCGUCAGAAGCACGCGGAGUUUAAGGAGAAAUACAAACGCACCGACGUUGGAGACGACAAGUAGCAGAUCCUUCAGCUGUGCUCGGUGAUGCCAGCAGGCGGACCAAGCUGGCUGUUGUGUUUUAAGAUUAUUUAUUUUCUGACCUUUUUAAACGUGUUUCCACGCCUCUUUCUGCCCUCAGAUGUGAUCCUGAAAUCUGCAGGGAGUGGGUGUGGUUUAGGGGGAGGGUUCCUCUGGUCAUAGAUGUUGACCAGGAUAAGCUUUUAUAUUUUAUGGGGCUCGUUUGUUCCCAAACUUGUUCACGGUUUGUCCACAGGAGCCAUAAUGAGCUCUAUCAAACUGCCCCUAAUGGAGUCUCAGGAACACGCUGUUUGCUGUUUAUUGUUCUCAGCCUCAUUUCUGUUACAGCUGUGCAGCAUCUGGAACUCACAUGUGACGGUGAAUAAUACAACAUGACAGCUGAUCAAGUUGUGAAGAGAGAGACUCUUAUUUGCAGCAAUGUUUCAUGUUGUUUUAAAAGAAAAUGUCUUUCAGCGCUCAAGUGUGGACGCUGCUGUUUAAAUUGGUUCACACCUGAUAUAUAUUCACAAGUGUUUGAUUUUUGGACUUUCUGCACUUCCUGCCAACAAAUAUCGAUUUGUUUGACACAGAAAAUCUGGAGAAAAAAGUGCCACUGAGUAAGUUAUUUAUUGCAAACUGUUGUAAUAUUAUGGAGAAAUGCAUUUAAAGGAACGAUCACACACACAAAGUGAGCCAACAUUUACCAUUUUGGCCUCUCAGUCUUUAUAUAUUAUAUUGUUUUAUGUUUUUGCUGCCUUGUUGAGUCCCUCUUGGGACAUCUGAGAGAAAGCUUUAAAAGAUCUCAUUAACCAUCCUUUGCUUGAUUUCACUUUACUUCUACAUGCUUCUUGUUAUUUAAUGUCUUGCUUAUUACCAUUUCUUCCCAUAGUGUCAUUUGUUUCCUGUUACCUUUUAACGAGCAGCAGAGAAGAAUCGGUAAUGAUUCAAAUAGAUAAUUAUCUCAGAUCUUUGUUUUCCAUCACGUCGGUGAAAGUGAAUCAUACAUUUUUAACUUUGAAGACAGCAACGCAGUUAUGUUUAUUUGCAUGUUUGCUUUUACAAACAAGAAAAUUUCCAGUGAUCAUCCAGGAAAGGCGACACCCAUUAUGAAGUCAAGGCUUGGAUUCUUUCCUUCUUUCUUUCUUUUUAUUUUGGAAGGAAUUGUGUGGGUGUGUAAAACCCUGCAUCUACAGCGUGAAGUUUGUUUUUUAAGAAAGGAUAUCGCCCCUUUUCCCUCUCUGUUUUCUUGUCACCAGCGGCCCCUGCCCUGAGACGUCAGCAGGAGAUAACAUACUGUGUCCCCGCAUAGCUCUCAGACACCCUCACCCUCAUGUGGCGUGUGAGUACCCUGUCAUAACCCAAACACGCCAUAAUGACUGAGAUCCUCGUGUCAGCAUGCCUUCACACACACACUGAUAGGAGAUGAGGCUCAAGAGUUUUCCUGCUAGAGAAGAAAACAGCUCUGGAUGCAGUUUUAAUUGACUUUUAUCUUUAGUUUAAUGAGCUGCAAAGAGAAACUGUGUAGAAUCAUGCUCUGAAAUAAAAGCGUGACAUGCUCUUUGGAGAUUAUUUUUUAUUGAUUAGUUGGAUGGGAGGGGCUGAAAUCCUUAAUUUCCCUCCUUGGGCAUUAAAAAGAUCAUAAAACUGCUCCCAAACCACAAUGAUCCACCUUCGGGAAUCAAAAUUGUUUUUAUGAUUUUAAUUAUCAGUAAACUCUACUACUGUGCAAAAGUCACUAGCAGCUUUUUUUUUUUUUAAAUAUAUAUAUAUUUUGCUUCCAAGCAGGUAGUUUCUUUCUGAAGGUCUUUCAAACUUUGUCUUUGACUGAUUUUUCAAUGAUUUUCAGUUCAGUCUUUGUGCCUGACUUUUUUCAGAGAAACAUUUUGUUUUUUGUUAAGAUUCAUAACACUGACCUAUGAGUCAAGCAUAAAGCACCUAACUUGAGGGAUGAAUCACUGUUGUGUGUACAUGUAAGAGACAACGACAAAGAAAAGUAUUUUGCACCGACAUCGUGAUUCCCAAAAAGCUAUUAACUCAAAAUAUGGCAAAUCUUGUCAUGUUGUGCAGUGUGUCCUUAAACAAUCUGGGAAAGCUGCAAAAGUGGAGGACUAAAGAAGUUGAUCCCUCUGCUGUUCACUGAAAGCUCAUCAGAAAUGUUCUCGGUGAAAGUGUAUCUGUCGGGAAACUAUUCUUAAGGAAAGGAAACGGUGAUAAAUGUUGAGGUAUGAGAAAUUACACAGAACUGGCCAGAAAAUCAGGGGAAACAAGUCUGAAGAAGAGAUGAAUAAAUAAUUUGAAAUUUCUGUUUUAACCCAAUCAUUGUCAGGAUGUGUGGAGGAAGUCAGGAGAGAGGUACAGCAGUGAUGGCCUACAGCCAUCUUGUGAAACACGGUGGAGGCUCUGUCAUGGUUCAGGGCCCCAUUUCAGUCAGUGGUGUUUGGGAUGUUGUCAAAAUUAAUGGAAUUAUGAAUAGAGAACAGCAUUGUCCAAUGUUGACCCAUGAUGCAAUACCAACUGGAAGGGAUCUGAUUGGCAGCUGCUUCAUUUUUCAGCAUGAAAUAAUUCCAAACCCACUGCCAGUGCAGUGAAAGCACACCUGGAUAGAAAAACAGUAACUGGAACACUAACAGUGAUGGAGCGGCCUCUCCAGAGCCCAGACCUCAACAUUAUUGAAGCAGUGUGGGAUCAUCUUAACAGAGAACAGAGCAACAGACAGCCAACGGUUCAAAGCAGAGCACUGAAUGUCCUUCAAUAAGUCUGGAGAACCGUUCCUGAAGAUGACUUCAUGAAAUGUUGCCUUCAGGUUAAGGCUGCAUAAAGGUGGUCAAACCAAAUAUUGACUUUCAAGCUUGUUAGAAUUAUACAAACUCUGUUUUUGUCUUAUAUACUGUAUUUCCAUGUAUGUUUGUAGAUGUUUCCAUAAAUCACUGCACCUUUUUACCAUUUCCUCAAAAAAAUAUAAAUAUAUGAAGUGUUGCCCAAGACCUUUCCACAGUUUAUCAGUUAUACUUGACACUUUGUUUUGGGCUCUUUUUAUUUGAAAAAUGCCCCUUGUCAUUUUCUUCUCACAGUGGAUGGACAGCAAAUAUGUAAAUAAUAAAGUGAAUAAUGGCUGA